CCUUCUAAAAAUGGCGGCAGUAAGGUACAGCUGGUUUUGACGCUCGUCAGCCAAACAGGAAGUGUUCCAGUGUUUAGCGCGACUUUUACUCUGGACUGUACUGUGAUGGAAAUGGAAACAAACAGCACGCUUGAGGAGCGUAGGUCUCCUGACUCGUGUAAACAGCUGGAGCGGACUAUAAACCAGUGGGUGUUCGAUUAUUAUUUCCACACUGCAGUAGAAGCCUUUAGGAGCGAUCGGCGAAAGGACUUUCAGGAGAUCAGGGACAUUGUUUCCGUCUUACUUCAUCAUCCUUUAGAAAUUAAAGCUCAAAAUGAUUGCAAGUUACGAAUAAUGCAGUGUUUUUCUCGGAUUGAAGAGGGUGAAGACCCAGAUUGCACAUUUAAUGAAGAAAACAAUGAAACUCCUUUGGAAUCAGCUGUUGGACUUCUUGAUAUCAUUCAGAAAGAAAUGCCUCUUGAUGAAGAUUUACUCAGAACCAAUAAACAGAUGGUUAAAGAAGCAGCAGUUUUGGUGUGUAUAAAAAGUCAGAAGUUUGAUCAAGCCAUCAGAAUUCUAAAGAAGUACAUUUCUAACAACAACAAAAGAAAGCUGCGAUCUGAUCUGCAAACCAUUAUCCGAGAAAAGAACCAGAAUCAUCCUUUAAUUGCAAACUUUUCCUUUACUACCAUCAAAAAGAUGAUCUACCAGCUUUUUGAGAAACAUAUUGAACUCACAGCUCCGGUAUUACUGACUAUGGCCAAAAAAGAGCAAAAGUCACAAUGUUUGUCCGAAGAACCUCAAACCCCUCCAACAGAGCAAGAAAGGACAACUUCACAGCUUCAAAAUGAAUCUCCUAGGUCUUCACAGGUUGUUAGCUCAGAAGCAGACUGUGUAAUAUCAUACGGACUGUCAGUGUUGAAGUCAAAAUUUAUGUCACUCUGCCAAGAAGAGGACACUGACACAAUGUUCAGGAAACUGUGUGAAACUGACUUCUGUAGAAAAGAAACCCCUAUAGACAUUCCUGUUGAGAAGGCAGGAACACACACAGAGGAGCCUGAUUCCUUAAUAUCAGAAAGGAAAGGGAAGAAAUUGGUUGUAUCAUUGCAGCAGCUAGUGAUGAAAAAGGACAACCAAUGCAUAAACUUGAGUGAGAAUGCAAACAUCUCCCAUGACAGUGCACAUCAAAAUGUUUCUUCUGCUCAGAAACCACAGAACCCACAAAUUACGCCUAAAAAAAGGAAAUUAAAUUCUAUGUUAGACGGGUCAGAUAUUGUUGAAGAACAGGACACUUGGAGUGAAGCAGAUGAGCUGUUUAAAAGAGAAGAGAAUGUAAAAACAAACAAUACCACAACCACCAAUGGCAAGAAACAGAAAUGGACACAUGAGGAGACUGAAUGGAUCACAAAAGGUGUGAAAAAAUAUGGCGAGGGGAACUGGAAGGACAUCUUAAAGAAGUUCCCCUUCCAGAACCGUACAUCAGUCAUGAUAAAGGACAGAUGGAGAACCAUGAAGAAACUGGGGAUUGUGCCAAAUAAUUAACUUGGUUACCUGAAAGAAACUUUGUGUUCCUGCUUUUAUCCUUGGAUGUCUUGCUGUACUAAUGGGAAAAGACCUUCAUUUCAGUGGAGGUUAAUAGCAUGAGUUCUCCCAAAGUGUCAUUCUGCAAUUCUUCCGUUAGUAGACUACAAGAUCACUGGAUUAAGGAUUAUCUAAAGUAGAUCUGAACUGUGCAGAACAUGUUGUAUUCUUAGUCACAGAUGGUAUAUAUUUUUGUAUCUUGAAAUUCACAAACAUUAACUGUAAAAUAUUCCCUCUAGUGUGACCUCGACAUAGCCUACAGUGUUUGGUUACCUUUUGUGUACAAAAAGCAAGAUCUUAUGCCUUUUGUGUAGGUGCAACUUAUUCAAUAGUGGAGGAUUUUGAUCAAAGAGUUUUUAUAGUUCAAUUAUUUCUUUUUUUUCAGUUGAAUAUUUUUUUAAAAAAAUGAAGAUGUUAAUUUCCCGUUUCCUUUUUUUUUUUUUUUUUUUUUUAUGAAUACGUUCCAUACUCAGAUACUCCCUCCAACUCUUGACAGCCAAGUGUUUGAGGUUUUCUAAAGUAUCAUUUGGUAGUGAACUAGAAUUUUACGUGUUUUAAAUGAACAGUUAAAUGAAAAUAUAUUUAAUUGUAGCCUG